UUAUUAUCAUCAUCUCCCCCUGCUGGUAAUUCAACUUCUGCAUGUGUGUCUAUUUCACCCUUUUGCAGAGGCAAAGUGUGAAAUUGACACACGUCUAACAGACAGCGUGUCUAUUAGACGCUUUGCUGUAAUCUCGUAUAGGUCUCUGAGGUGACACUUGUUGGUUCUCUGUGGGUUGAAGUUCAGGAUACUCCCGUGGUUAGAUAUUUUUCCUUUGUGUGUGAUUAAGUAUUUCGGGGAUUCUUUUGCUCUUCUGUAAGAUCGAUGUGCACUAGUCAAGUCUGAUUAGCGUUGGCUGUUUUCUCAUUUGAAAUAUCAGGGUGUCAUGCUUGGAUGUUCAGGUUCGAAGGUGUCCUUUUUACUAAAGGCAAGAACUCUUUCCCCCUUUUGGACUCCUACUAUGGGCAACUGUUGUUACUCUUUUCUGAACUGAGUGGUUUCUUCCAGAACAAAAUGACAAGGUGUGAAUCAGAAGUUAGUGAUUGUGAUCUUUUUGUAUACAACUUACUAGGGCGUCCCUUGGAAAAACCUAGAACCUAUUCUGAUGGUCGUCAAAAAUUGUCUUUAUUGAUGUUUAUUGAGGUCUCAGAACUCGUCAUUAAGGGUACUGGGGAGGUGAUCAAAUGUCUUUUUAUGUGGGAAGGAGUUAAGACUUGUGUAUUUUGGUUGUGUCGUGAUCUCAUCUGCGGAUCUCCUGGCAUAUGGCAAGUGACUCAUUAAAACUUUCUUUCUGUUUUUCUGGCAUCACCGUUUUAGAAAGUCUGAUUCACUUGCAGUGCGACUGGUGCCACACCUGAACAAGAAUCUGGAUCGUGUCACUUCUCUUUUUAACCUAAACCUGUAAGGUUGAGCUUCCCUGUCUUUUGCAAAUCAGCAGCAGCCAGUGGGUGUUGGUGGAUAUCUUCUGUUUUCAUAAUGACUCUCUAAUUGUUGCAGCAGGUAAAGUAAAUACCAAAGUCUGUAAUAUGGACCUGUGCUAAAUUAUGCUUUUCCUGUUAUAUAUGCACACUGCUAUAAUGGCAGGGGCUGUUAUUGAAUGUGGCCAAAGUUUCAAAUAAUGAGGCCAACAGACAAUAUGUGCAAGUAUAACCAGUAACUGAUUAUAUCUCCUCCACUUGUUGCAGUGAUACUUUUAAAUGAUUAAAAGUAUUAUUCUUUUGAUAUUUCACUAUUAGUGUUUCUUAGCAGCUCAUUUCAAGAAAGAGCAAGAGGUUCCUUAGGAAACACCUAGUUUAGCAGCCUCUCAUCACUGAUCUCAGAUCUGUGCGAGGAGAGGUUUCUGCUUUUUCUGAAUAACAUGUAGCUUCCCUUAAGAAUUCAAACUGUCUCUCCCUAAAAGUUGGAUCUAGUUCAGCGAGGAGGGCUUACACAUGCGGUUCAGACUCAUUCUUCAGUGGCUGAAUUAGUGGCUAGUUCUCUUUGCUUUUGCAUCUUGCUGCUGAUCUUAGUUUUCAUAGGUAUACUUUGUGCUAUAAAUGGUACAUGGACUAGUAUUUGUGUGGUACAGCCCGUUUCCUAACAGUCAUGCACUAUGUAUUGGCCCUGUGACACAUUUUUACGUGUGGAUUGGAGGAGCCGGGGGAUCGAACCACCAACCAGUCUUACCAUUACCUGUUUGUAGCCUUCCUACAUAUGGAUUUCCUCCUUGGUGUCUUCUGUAUGUCAUGAAUGGGUGACAGACCCAUUUCAUCUAUAACACUGACAACAAUUAAAGUGUUCCUGCUCCCUCUGCGGAGAGGGGGCGUCUGCUGCCCGAAUAAAUGCAGAAUGUGAGAAACGAAAAAAAUACAUUGAUCUGGAGGUGUUGCGAGCUAUAUAUACACAGCAGGAACAGAUAUUUUUGGUCACAACACACAUCUAUGCUCGGUGUGACACUUUCCAAUUUUUACCCAAUAGUUUGAGUUCACACCUCUUGGCUAAGCUAUUGCUUUGUGUGUGUUUGCGUGACAGCGAGUGGGAGUUUGUGUGGAUUAGUGAGGUGUAAGCGGGCAUUGUUUAAACUGUCCACCUGAGAGGAGACCAUGUGUUGUGCGUGCACACAUGUGCGUGUGUGUUGGGCCUGUGCUGGCCUGCUUGGCUGUGAGUCAAUCAAAGCGACUGGAUCUCAGCGAGCCGGUGGGCUCAUCUGUUCCAGUGUAGCUGUAAAUUACUCACAGUGCCAAACAGGCUGUGGAAGUGGGGCGUAAAGUAAUCAGAGACAGAUUUGGUCCCUUUUCAAUCAAUGUAAACACUCGACACAUGCAUGCACACAUGUGCGUUUACAUACACAACAUGAAAAAGAAAGAACAGACUCUAAAUCUAAAGAAACGCAGGGGCUGUGGAUGUUUUGUGUGGGUGUGCGCAAGUUUCAAUAACCUGAUUAUGGUUCAAAUUUUCACUGUUUUUUAAAGAUUCAAAUUUUUAAAAAGAAGUUUAUAUGAACCAUAUAAAGAUCUGGAAUAAUCUUUUUAACUUUGACAAUUGUAAUUUUAUAUUCUGUUUAUUAAUGCUCAUCAGCAUCACUAAGGCCUCUUGCAGGCAGCCUUUGCAGUCCUUUCGACGUUAGCUAUGUUAGCGGCCGACAUCAUCCCCGACAUUUAUGCUUGUGUGUCAUGAAUUACGCGUUAAUUACCGUGCGGUUGUGUUCCACUGUUUUACAUGUGGUGCCAGCCGAUAGAAAUUAAUAAAAUGCUGGGCCUUUUUUCCCCUCAUCUCCCAGAUGUUUGAUGCCGCCCUUUUUUCAGGGGCAAACAUGCUCUUCUCUCAAGUUUUAUCUCUUCAUUGUACAUUCCCUGCCCUGCAACAGACUGGCCAUCUGUCCAGGCUGUACCCUGCCUCUCGCCCUAUGGUAGCUGGGAUAGGCUCCAACCACCCCCACAACCCUAAUAAGGAUAGGACCAUGCGUCAGACACCCCUGGUUUAUGGGGUGGGGUAAGUUAGAUGGUGGUGAUGAUUAGAAAAAUGAUCCAUCAUCAUCAUCAUCACUGCAAUAUUUAUCAGUAAAGCUGUAAUAUCAAAACUUGCACGCUGUCUGAACUCUGAACAUUGAUUGGAAAUGUUUUUGGACCAGUACCUCAACAGGUAAUUUGAAGAGCAUAAACAAGUGUUUAUACUAAGACAUUUCUUUAAAUAAACCAAAGUCCAAAGUAAACAUGUUUUUCACCAAAGUUUGGUUCUGCUUUUCUUAGAAAUACCCCCUGUCCAGAUCCUAAGAAUAGUAUCACAGUUCAAAAAUUUCCACACCUGCAAUUACAAGAAGCAGUCCAGUAAUUAUUUGAGCUUACACAUCUAAUAUCACUCAUUUUGGUAGGACAAGAUUCAGAUGCCCUGUACAUUUGAAUUGCAGCAAACUGCAAACAGCUCUCUGUCAAUGCCCUUUUUUUUCACUGGGACAUCGUUGGUGAGCUGACUCAACGUGGGUUUUCCUGUAAAAUUUCAAAUUUAAGACUUGAGAUUAUCGGCGGAUAAUUCAAUAAUGCUGGAUGUCAACAUUAAAAAAUGACUGCUGGAGACAUGAAAUGCACUCAUAAAGCAUUAGGUGGAUAUACUCACUUUGGAGGUGUUUGUCGCUUGGCGCUGCUUCAGAAAGAAAAACAAAAAACUCCUGCUUGAAUAAGGUUUCGUCUUUUGCCUUCGAUUAAAGCGACGACCUCCCGAGCUUGCUGACACGCACACGGAGCAGCCUGUGUGGCUGCAGCACUUUUAGUUUCUGUCCUAUUGAGCCCACUUCAGAUAACUGUGACGCUCAUUCUUAUUGUAAGACUAAUGAUGGGGUUUUUUUGUGUGUGUGUUUACAUCAUCUCAUCAGUGAUGCUGCUGUGACUCACCUCGCUUGAAUACCGGGGUGGAAGGUGACCUCAGCUUUUUUUAAAUAUUAUAUCAUGUUGGAUGAGGUAACCUGCACUUGUAUAUCAAGCUGUGCAGAAGGUUAGAACAGUUGGCCAUGCAUCUUAUAUGAACAUGUUUUGCAUACACACAAAUGUAGGUGUGUACUGUACACACACACACAUGCAUACACAAACUAACAUCCCCCUUGCACCGCAGGAAUUAAAGGAAAGGGAAGGGGUAGAUUUUUCCACUGACCUCAGUCCCAGCCAAUCAAACAGCAGGCAGUCUCAGGUCUGUUCCAAUCCAAACCAAUCAGAGAUGAUGAUGAGCUCACACUUCUUUCAUAUCCGGGCCCUGAUUCGCUGCCGUCGUACGACCGUGUGAGGGAGGCAGCCUGUACGCUUCACAUGGGAGCUUGUGUCACACAUACAGAAGCAGCCAGGCAGUCCUGUUUGGGAGCUGCUGAGAGAAAAAUUUUGCUGUCCUGGUGCUUUGGCAUCUACUAAGCAUCCGCACCAUCAUCAAUUAUUCACAGACUCAGCAGUGCAUCCCUGUGCCUGACUCUGUGUGUUCACAUGCCAAUCUGUGUCACCGUGUGUGGUCACAAUAUGCUUGCAUCGGAUCUUUGGGGAGACACGUUUCUUCCGCUUCUCUGUCAGAAUCUGUUUUUCUUCGGCUUGGUUCUUUGGUUAUUUGCAGGGCAAGAACGCAAUGCUUCACUUACGGACUCUGCACAGCUGAUUUACUUGGAAUCGAGCUCUGCGGGCUCCUCAGGUUGAGGUCUUUUAACUGGCGGGAACUGCCUUUGUUUUACUAGCUGUCUAGUGUUUUCAUUGACUGAGCAGUAUACCGGACUAUAAACCCGCACCUUUUCUGGUUCUGGAUCAGUUUGCUUGAUUUGUCAAAAUGCCUGAAGCAAAUUAUUUGCUCUCUGUGUCCUGGGGAUACAUAAAGUUCAAGAGGAUGUUGAAUAGAGAGCUCACGCACCUCUCGGAGAUGAGCCGCUCUGGGAACCAAGUCUCUGAGUUCAUCUCCAACACCUUCCUGGACAAGCAGCAUGAAGUCGAGAUGCCAUCCCCUCAAACGCAAAAGGAGAAGGAGAAGAAGAACAAGCCCAUGUCUCAGAUCAGUGGGGUGAAAAAGCUGCAGCACUCAUCCAGCCUCACAAACUCGAACAUCCCUCGAUUUGGGGUCAAGACCGAGACCGAAGAUGAACUUGCUAAGGAGUUGGAGCAUGUGAAUAAAUGGGGCCUUAAUGUUUUUAAAAUCUCUGAAUUUUCUGGGAAUCGACCACUGACAGUCAUGAUGUACACAAUAUUCCAGGAGAGAGACUUGUUAAAAACUUUUAAAAUUCCACUUGACACCUUUAUAACCUACCUGAUGACCUUAGAAGACCAUUACCAUGCCGAUGUGGCCUAUCAUAACAACAUCCAUGCUGCUGACGUCACCCAGUCAACUCACGUGCUGCUAUCCACCCCUGCCCUUGAGGCUGUGUUCACAGACCUUGAGAUCCUCGCUGCCAUCUUUGCCAGUGCAAUUCAUGACGUGGACCAUCCCGGAGUCUCGAACCAGUUCCUCAUUAACACCAAUUCAGAGUUGGCACUGAUGUACAAUGACUCGUCCGUCUUAGAGAACCAUCAUCUAGCAGUCGGUUUCAAGCUCCUGCAAGAGGAGAACUGUGACAUCUUCCAAAACUUGACCAAAAAACAAAGACAAUCACUGCGAAAGAUGGUCAUUGACAUCGUGCUAGCUACAGACAUGUCCAAGCACAUGAAUCUGCUGGCUGAUCUGAAAACAAUGGUGGAAACUAAGAAAGUGACCAGCUCUGGUGUCUUACUGCUGGAUAACUAUUCUGACAGGAUACAGGUUCUCCAGAACAUGGUGCACUGUGCAGAUUUGAGCAACCCCACCAAGCCUCUGCAGCUGUACCGGCAGUGGACGGAUCGCAUCAUGGAAGAGUUUUUCAGCCAAGGUGACCGAGAACGGGAGAGGGGCAUGGAGAUCAGCCCCAUGUGUGACAAACACAAUGCCUCAGUGGAAAAGAGCCAGGUUGGAUUCAUAGACUAUAUCGUCCACCCUUUGUGGGAGACGUGGGCUGACCUGGUCCAUCCGGAUGCCCAGGACAUCCUGGACACGUUAGAAGACAACAGAGAGUGGUACCAAAGCACCAUCCCCCAAAGUCCCUCCCCUGCGUUGGACGAGCCUGAGGACAGCACUCGACCUCCGGGAGGGGACAAGUUCCAAUUCGAGCUCACCCUGGAGGAGGACGGGGAGUCGGACACUGAGAAAGACAGCGGCAGCCAGCCAGAGGAGGAGGAGGAGGAGGAAGAGGAGGAGGAGGAAAACAGCUGUACUGAUUCUAAAACACUCUGUACGCAGGACUCUGAAUCAACAGAGAUACCUUUGGACGAACAGGUGGGGGAGGACGAUGACGAUGAUGAUGAGGUAGUAGAAGAGGGAGAAACACCCUGCUCACAAUCAUGUGUUGUCGAGGAAGAGGUAGCAGAAGAGGAGGAGGAAGAGGAGGAAGAGGAGAAAGCGAAAUCCCCUGACACAUAGCAGUUUAUGGACAGCAUCUGAUUAACUCUUCUUCUUAGUAAUGACAGAUGAUUAUUUAUAGAAUAUUUUUUGGGUUUUGUUGAAUCUGUGUGUGUUUUUUAUACAUCCAUGUUUCUGGUUCCAAAGCGUGCGCUGCUCCCCACCUUGGCCACUCCUCCCUGCCCGCUUUGUUCAGACACGCCCACUGGUACUACUUCAAGUUUUUUUGCACUCAGGAAAACUCCUUUCCAUUCCCAUUUGUACUGAAGUGGUGUGUCUUUAUUUCACCUUUACAGCCCCCCUCCCUUUUACAGGCUUAAGUUUAGGAUGUGGACCAGCAGUUCAGUCUCCUCCGUGCUGUUCUUACUGUACGUAACAUCACGUUUUCCUCCUUUUCUGCUUCAUCUCAGCCUCGCCCGAAGGUUUGCCAGUGUUUCCGUGUUUUAUUAAGUGCCCAUACUCUACAGAGACAGUUGUUGGCGUGUUCAAGGAGAACCUCCCUCUCGGUUAGGUCAUAUCCCCCCCUCCCGCUACAAAUUAGGAGGCACGUUAUGCUGUCAUCCGGUCGAGAAAACCUGACGGGGCGCCGCAGAGAUGAAAGCUGCAGCAUACCGGGGAACUUUUUGAGACACAUUUCUGCUGUGGAAGUCUUCCUUGAAAACCUGACUGACACCAAGCUCAAAUCGAAACGGCUGUGUCGCUGUCCUAGACCUCUUUAAUUUUUUUGUAUCGUACUGUAUGUAAGAUUCAGAUAUUUUCUAGAAUUUACUUUUGCAAUCUUAGGCUCUGUUUUGUUAGAAAUAAAGAAAACGAGGGAACUUUUGGAAACUAAUGGGGGAGAAACGUGUCGUAGAUGUUCAGUGUUUUUUUGUUUUGUUUUGUUUUUUUUCUUGAAGGGGAUAUCUUUACAGCUGGGUUACAUUGAGUGUUCUGAGCUGUUUGCACUUGCUCCAAUAGCAUUUAUACUACUAUUUCCAUGCCACUGUACUCAUAUUUGGUUUGUCCUGUCAGUUUGAAUUUUGGAAUUCAUUCAUAAUAACUAUUGUUUUUGGUGAGCGUCUUCACCGAGAAGGAAGCGUGAAAGCCGAGGUUUUCACACUUCAGUUACAUUGUUACAAGCCUUUAAAUUUAAUUGUCGUUGCCUGCAGUUCUUUUGAACACAUCCUAAGACAAUGCAAUGCUUUGUAGUUGAUACAAAAAGCACCUUUUUUAGAAGCUUGUUUAGUGCUCCAAGUAUACAGAAAUAGAAAUGGUAUUAUAGGGUGAUUUUAUACAAAUGCUACGAAAGCUUUUUAUCGUCCUUCUUUUCAUUUUCUUGCCCUUAUUUGACACGCACAUCAAGAACUGCUGCUUUUUUCCAGUCACUGUGUUUUCUUUUACCUGUUGUAAAUGUGCUUUUCAUCACGAACACAUUUUUGUUUUUAUAGGGCUUUUUUUGCCUACACGACGUUAACUCCAGUUACUGUCUUUGUUUUCGACAAGACAAUCAGCUCCAUCGUGCAGUCGUCAGAUAUCCUCUACAGAUAUCCAGAUACUCUUGCACAGAUGCAUAUAUUCAUUUAUGAUUACAUUUAUUGUUUUAUUUAAACUCGCCAAAACGCGUGCGCACAUAGGCUUGAACGUUGUCGCCCUACAUCACAGCCAAAACUCUUCACUUUUUUCUAUCAUAUUUUAGGCCUCAAUUUAUUAUUUAUUGCUUGAUUCUUUUUUUUCCCCUCUUUGUGUGUGUGUGUGUGUGUGUGUGUGUUUUGGUUUUUUUGCAUUAUGAAGGUGGUACAGUAAAUAUUUUACUGUAGCAUAGACCACAUCGCAGGCUUGCAGGUUACAAUAUCCAAAUAUACUUUUUAACCCCAGUGUACAUACAAUAUUUAAAAGAAAAUCCACCUCUUUAAAGAAAAAAAAACCACUUGAAGUACUGCACACCGCUUUUUAAAGAGUGCUCGUUUUGAUUAUGUGUCAUUUUAAAACUUUUUAUUUAAUCUUUCAUUUUGUGCCAAUACUUUUCUUUCUUUUUCCCCCCCCCCAUCCUCACCCAGAGCCCUUACCUGUAAUAAAAAAAAUUCUGGUUUUAUCGCUGUUUACAAACAUAUAUUUAUUGUGCUGUACAUAAUAUAUAAUUAUUAAUGUUAUUACUAUCAUAAUGCAGUUUGCUGUAAAUGGUUGAUUCUUAUCAUCCCUUUUGGUGAUGGCGUGGCUGUAUUAUGUACCUCUUGUUGAGAGAAUGUUUAUUUACACAUGAAUUUCAGUGUAAAAAAAAAAGAAAAACAACAAAAAAGAAAAAAAAACAAACAAAAACGAUCCAUCGACAUGUUGCUUAGCUGAGAAGUAGCUCAGUGAAGAGAGAAGGAAAGCCAAAUUGUUUUUUUUAAGAAAAAAAAAAAAGAAACUGUUCCUUGGCCCAUGGGCUGUGCCUUAAAUUCAACACGUCAUUUACUUUUAGCCUUUUUAUUUUUUGAAUUCUCUAGUUCUCUUUUUGCUGCAGUGGUGAAUCUUUUUGGCUCGGGUCGGCCCGAUCUCCUGCUGAGAAAAGUUGCCUUUUCCACAAUCACAGCCAAACACGGUUUGCUCUGACUCGCAGCUACGGCGCUGCUUUGAAAAUACGCCGUCGGUGCAGACGUGUGUGGAGACUCGGUUCGACCGCAAGCCUGAGAUUUACCACAUGAGUGAUGUGUGGCCUAUAGCCAGCCGGGUGUCCCCAGAGUCGAGUUUGCUGUAGACCUGGUCUGAACAGCUCACACUUCCUUUACGCUCUGCCUCUACACUCACAGAUGUGAUUCAGCCUGUCAGGAGACGUGAUGCGGGAGUCGCUUUUUUGGCUGCCGCAUCACCUGCUUCUGCGUGGCUGUCUCGCAGCUACAGAAACACUGAAUGGGGCGCAACAGUAGUGUAUAGCUGUUGCUUGACUACGGCCCUACAAAGCACAGAGGCUUCGAGACACAUCUGCAUGUUCAGCCACUGCUGCAUUAAUUAUGGCUGAAACACUGGCGGUGUGUUGCUUAUCUAUGCUCUGCCCGCACGACCACUCACAUUACUUGCAAUAUC